UAAGGGUUUGUUUUGAAAUCGCUGCACGGAAAAUCCUUUUAAUUUCUGUUUAAUUGCUUAAUUUAACUGUUUCGUGUGUGUUCAGAGCGAUUUAGCAUCAUCUAGCAACUCCUGCCGCCGUUGUCGUCAGAAAAGUAAGCCCGGAAACUGUAACGAACUUGAAGAACCGCGGCGCGAAAAGAUCCGGAAAAGGACCGGUUCGAAGACAAGAAAAGGAUACCUUCGCUCUCCGGGAAGCCAAUUCGAAAUGAAUGAAGAGGAGGACAGCGAUGCAACGAUCCCAGCUACACCGGAAGAAACGCGCGAAAACGAUGUCGAAGUUGUGGCCGAAACCCCGGGCGAUGAUUCCGUCCUCGUCGUAAACGCAACACAUUCUGCCUCGGUCAUAGAGCUAUCCUCGGACGAGGACACUUCGAUUGUGGUUGGAGAGAAUCGGGCCAGCCGGCGCCGACGUUCACAACGGCCAAACCAGUCCCCGGUGGCUUUCGUCGAUCUCAGCAACAUUCCCACUCCCGGUCCGGCACUGGAUGCCCGCCAGCGCCACCGUCGUUCGAUCCGUGUCCGUCCGUUUGAUCUCGGGCAAAAUGAAUCUGAGUUAGAAAAUCGCCUCCCGCGGGUCGUCUUGAUCCCCGAGCCAGCAGCAGUAGUCGAUCUAAGCAACAUACUGAUUCCCGGUCCGGCACAGGAUGCCUAUCAACAGCGUGUCCGUCAGGAACGGGGACGGUCAGUUGCCGUGAAAUCCCGGACAAGAGCAGCAGCACCCACAGCAGCAGCAGCAGCACCCACAGCAGCAGCAGCAGCAUCCACAGCAGCAGCAGCAGCAGCAGCACCUACAGCAGCAGCAGCAGCACCCACAGCAGCAGCAGCAGCAGCAGCACCUACAGCAGCAGCAGCAGCACCCACAGCAGCAGCAGCAGCAGCACCCACAGCAGCAGCAGCAGCAGCAGCAGUAGCAGCAGCAGCAGCAGCAACAGUAGUAGCAGCAGCAGCAGCAGUAUCAAAUGUUUCUGCUGCUCCGCCACCAGUACUGAUGUGCCCCGUUUGUUAUGAGCCAUUGGCGUCAAAGCAAGCAUAUUCGACCAGCUGUGGUCACUUGUACUGUCGUGAAUGCAUUGCAAAAGCGAUUGAGUUCUCUAAAAAGUGUCCCCUAUGCAACAAGCCGUUGAAGGCCAAGGGUUCCAUUCAUCGAAUCUAUUUAACGACCGACCAACGUGAUUAAAGUGCUCAGCAGCAAAAGAGAGCCCGAGAUUCCUUUGAAAUGUACAAAUGAAGAUGCCCAUAGGUGAUAUGUAAUAAAUUUUUGUUCUCUAUUAUCCGAUUAUAUA